AUGGAGCGACUUCAGCAGAUGGAAGAUGACUCCCUCUAUAAUUUGGGUCAGGCUAUCGGCCACCCUUUCCCUCCUCCCCUGCCUGAAAAGUGUGCUGCCGAUCCAUCAGACCUAUAUCAAGUGGUACAAAGACAUAGUCACUACCCACCCAUCAUUCAGACCAAUACAUGCUGUGUGGCUGUUCCGUUUAAAGAACAACGGCACCACCGCACUCCCUGCGAGUCUAUCGGAAACAACUACAGCCCCAAGGCGCAGGACUUGAAGAUAGACAACCUCAGCAGGCAACAUCCAUCAUGCAAGUCCUUGGCAACGGCAACUGGAUCAAAGAGAGCGAGGCCACCGCGCAGCCCACCUACCCCCCCUCAGCCAAAAUCCAAGAGAAGAAAGUCAUUAAUAUACAGAAGCCCGCCAAUGAGUCCUACUGAGCAGCUUGUCAUCAUGUACAAGCAGGAGGAAACUCAGAAUGCUCAGAAUGAAUACAGUGAAAGUGACCUGGAGAGGUAUACAUACUAUGUCAAAAGAGGUGUCCCCUUUUACAUGUUGGCCCCCUACCCAAAGCAAUCGAUGGUCAACAUUAAGAAUAUGCUGCCUCCUGAGCCAGAGGAGGGUGUGAAAAAACCCAUCCGAACCCUGAGGAAAAACUUGACAGAGGAGGUCGAAGACGGUUAUUACUUCAACCUCAGGAAGAGCAUAGUGGACUACAUUCUAAUGGACCCAUCUGAGGGCCAGCGACUGACAAUAAACAACAUUCCAAAACCUUUUCCCAGGAGGGUGAUUCGUCCUCCAGUUCCCUGGGCUGUUAGCUACAGGGACGCCAAACUGUGGCAAAUGCAACAUCUUUUUAAUGUGUGUCCUUUUAUGGGCCUCUUACAGCAAAUCUGGAUAGAACGCUAUUCAUCCUUGAGAUUUGUGAAAAUGGCAGACCUGUUCUCCACCACCUUCCCUCUUUCGCCAUCUGAGUUUGUUGUCUUUAUCCAGAAACAGUGCGAAGCCACCAGACAGGAACUGGAUGAAGGGUGGCUGCCUUAUUGUGUAUCACUUUUUGUUAUGCAUGAGAGCAUGUGGGUGGACCUUUUACCUGAGAGUGAGCCAGUCCUUGUUGCCGAGUUCUUCCACUGCGUGGCUGCACUCAUGUCACUGCAACUUCGAAGCCUGGUCAUAGACUCCUUACAGGAUCUGCUACAAUUUUUCUUGAGACACAAGGAGGGGAAUGACUUCAGUGGAGAUUUUGAUGUGCUGAUAUUUGUUCAUUCUCAAAUUUUGCUGGUUAAACUACAAGUGGAAAAUUCUGAGAUUGAGUUUUCUCCCAGCUUCCAGGAAUGUUGGGACGUCAUUCGGCGAGCCUUUAUGCAAAUAAUCAAAAGUGCACAGGAUCUAUUAACACUGGAAUGUAAGCUGUUUGCUGAUAUUGACAGCCAGUAUCUACGCACUGUCCGACCUAAUGAGUCAUUGGUCAAAGACAUACUUGCCCAAGUCAAAGAAGCUUUCGAGAAGAACACAGUUGGUCCACAAAGGUAUCUGGAUUUAUAUGAAAAAUACAGGAAUCUCCUUGACAAUACAUCAGAUGAGAAAAUUUCUGAAUUUCUCACAAAGACGCACUCUUUACAAGAUUCUGCCAAUAAAAUUGACAGCAUCAUGCAUAUAUGGAUGGAUAUAGCUUCACUCCGCAUCGCAGUGCCACUGUCCAUGUUCUGCCUGAAUGCCAGGGACCUGAAUGAUUACCUGUGUGACUGCGCAAACAAACUGAUUGCCAGGAUUGUCACGUUUGAAAUGGAUGAGAACCGGAGGCUCAACAUAGACAUCUGCAAAAAGUAUGAGGAGAUUACAAACAUUGCUAAAACUAGCCCUAAGAAUACAGAGGAGUUAGUGACCCUCAUCCAGUACGUCCAGACUAGCCAGGAUUACACCAUUCACAAAAUAAUAGAGGAGAUUGAAGAUGCAUGUGACCGUCUCAGCUUCCUCAUGGACUAUGCUACUCAGUCAGCUUUUGACUUGAAUCUGAACACCUGUGUGUUCUGCUGGCCCCGUCGGAUUGUGUCAAAACUAGAAAAUAGCAGAUUACAUCUGCAAAUCCUGAGAGAACAGGCAGAAGAACAUCUCCAAGAGAGAGUCUUUGAAUUUGAUACGAGGCUGCAGGAGUUGAACAAGGGGAUCCUGGCUUUUAGGAAAAAGGAGAUGAUGAACAUGGAAGAAAUGCAGCAGAAUGUGGCUACUCUCGCUCAGAUCACAGCCAACCUGGAGGCAGCUGUCACUGACCUGGAGGACAUCAAUAAGGAGCAGUCUUUGCUUGAGAGGGACCAGAGCGAAUUUCCAUUGCUCCAAAUACUUAUAGCAGAUAAACAACCUUACGAACAGCUAUGGAACACAGCCUUCAGCUUCGAGAGCAAGUCAGAAAUGUGGCUGCAUGGUCCUUUCCAGGGCUUGGACGCUGAGAAAAUCUCUGAUGAUCUUGACAUCAUGUGGAGGACAAUGCAUAAGCUGAUAAAGGCAUUUUCUAGUUUUCACGGGCCUUCUUCUGUUGCCAAUACCUUCAAAAACAGGAUAGACCGCUUCAAGCAGCACGUGCCUGUCAUGAUGACCAUCUGUAACCCCGGUCUUAAGAGUCGCCACUGGGAGAAGAUUAGCAGCAUAUUGGGCUUCGAAGUCAAUCCUGAGGAGAACAACACACUGUUGAGCAUGCUGGACCUCGGGCUUUCCCAAUUUUCCAAAGACUUGGAGGAGAUAGGAGCAACAGCCAGUAAAGAGUACUCUCUGGAGAAAUCAAUGGACAAGAUGAAAAAUGAAUGGGCUAACCUGCAUUUCUCAUUCUCUGCGUACAGAGAUUCUGAUACUAAAAUUGUGUCAGCUGUAGAUGAUAUCCAAGUCCUCCUUGAUGACCAUAUCAUUAAGACACAAACCAUGCGAGGCUCACCAUUUAUUAAGCCAAUAGAAGCUGAAUGUAAGGCAUGGGAGGACAAGCUACUAAGUAUGCAGGACAUUCUGGAUGCCAUGUUGAAAUGUCAGAUCACUUGGCUCUAUCUGGAGCCCAUCUUCAGCUCGGAGGACAUCAUCGCCCAAAUGCCCGAGGAAGGCCGCAAAUUUGCUAUUGUGGACAGAUACUGGAAGGACAUACUUGCUGAAGCUAUUAAAGAUACACAUGUGCUAGUGGCAACAGGCCAGCCCAACAUGCUGGGACGACUGCAGCAGUCCAAUGACUAUCUGGAGGAUAUUCAGAAAGGCCUCAAUGCUUACUUGGAAAUGAAGAGGCUGUUUUUCCCAAGAUUCUUCUUUCUCUCAAACGAUGAGCUGCUAGAAAUUCUGUCACAAACCAAAGAUCCUUUGCGUGUACAACCCCACUUGAAGAAGUGCUUUGAGGGCAUAGCAAAACUAGAGUUUACUAAGGAACUGGUGAUUACUGGCAUGAUCAGCUCUGAGAAGGAAACUGUGCCCUUCACAAACAAUAUUUAUCCGGCCCACGCAAAGGGUAUGGUGGAGAAGUGGCUGCUGGAGGUGGAGAGUCUUAUGCUAAAGAGCAUUCGACAUGUCAUCUAUCAAGGAAUGAUUCAGUAUGCAGAGAUGCCCCGUAAGAAGUGGGUUUUGAGUUGGCCUGGCCAAGUUGUCAUCUGUGCCUCGUCCAUCUUUUGGACCAGCGAAGUAUGCGAGGCCAUCCAAGCUAAUACUCUGCUGGCGUAUGUGGAGAAGUGCAAUGGUCAGAUUUCUGACAUUGUGGAGCUAGUGCGAGGAAAGCUGCCAGGAGGAGCUCGAAUGACCCUCGGUGCUCUGACUGUCAUUGACGUUCAUGCUCGGGAUGUUGUCGCUAAACUGGCAGAAGAUCGUAUAUCCUCCUUGAAUGACUUUUCAUGGAUUUCCCAACUGCGCUACUUCUGGGAAGAAGAUGAAGUGAUGCUGCGCAUGAUUACCACCUGCCUGAAAUACGGCUAUGAAUAUUUGGGGAACUCCCCUCGUCUGGUCAUCACGCCUCUAACUGAUCGCUGUUACAGGACACUUAUGGGUGCUUUGAAGCUGAAUUUAGGUGGAGCUCCUGAAGGUCCUGCAGGAACCGGCAAGACUGAAACUACGAAGGAUCUUGCAAAAGCUUUGGCCAAACAGUGUGUGGUGUUCAACUGCUCUGAUGGUCUAGACUAUAAAGCUAUGAGUAAAUUCUUCAAAGGACUCGCUCAGUCUGGAGCCUGGGCCUGCUUUGACGAAUUUAAUCGUAUUGAGGUGGAGGUCCUGUCUGUGGUGGCCCAGCAGGUGCUCUGCAUACAGCAGGCUAUUGCUAAGCAUCUGAAGAGGUUCCUGUUUGAGGGAACAGAGUUGUCCCUCAAUCCAACCUGCUCUGUCUUCAUUACCAUGAAUCCUGGUUAUGCAGGCAGGGCUGAGCUCCCUGACAACCUAAAGGCCCUUUUUCGUACAGUUGCUAUGAUGGUGCCAGACUAUGCUCUCAUUGGAGAGAUCUCACUGUACUCAAUGGGGUUCAUUGAUUCUCGCAGUCUUGCACAGAAAAUUGUGGCCACCUAUCGGCUGUGCUCUGAGCAGCUUUCUUCCCAGUACCACUACGACUACGGUAUGCGAGCUGUGAAGUCUGUCUUGACUGCGGCGGGAAAUCUAAAGCUGAAAUAUCCAGAAGAGAAUGAGAGUGUGCUUUUACUUAGGGCGCUGAUGGAUGUCAACAUGGCUAAAUUUUUGGCACAGGAUGUGCCGCUGUUUCAGGGUAUCAUCUCAGAUUUGUUUCCUGGAGUUGUCCUCCCAAAACCAGAUUACGAUCUCCUUUUCAAGGCACUUGAUGACAAUGUCGCAAAGCUUAAACUCCAGUCUGUGCCUUGGUUCAUUAGCAAAAUCAUCCAGAUUUAUGAGAUGAUGUUGGUACGCCAUGGCUUUAUGAUAGUGGGAGAACCUCUUGGAGGGAAGACCUCUGCUUAUAAAGUUCUUGCUGGUGCCCUUGGAGACCUCUGUGAAGCCGAGGAGAUGGAGGAGUUUGCAGUAAGCUACUGCAUUAUCAACCCCAAAGCUAUAACAAUGGGUCAACUAUAUGGUUGCUUUGAUCCAGUCAGUCAUGAGUGGUCUGAUGGGGUCCUGGCCACCACCUUCAGGAAUCAGUCAAUUUGCCCCUUAGAAGAUCGUCAAUGGAUCGUCUUUGAUGGUCCAAUUGAUGCGGUCUGGAUUGAGAACAUGAAUACUGUGCUGGAUGACAACAAGAAGCUUUGUUUGAUGAGCGGUGAGAUCAUUCAGAUGAGUGCCAAGAUGAGUCUAAUCUUUGAGCCUGCAGACCUGGAGCAAGCUUCUCCAGCAACUGUCAGUCGGUGUGGUAUGAUCUAUAUGGAGCCUCAGCAGCUUGGAUGGACUCCCCUACGAGAUUCCUACUUAAACACAUUGCCUAAAAGCCUGGAGGAUGAACACAUAGUGCUGAUCACAGAUCUGUUUGACUGGUUAGUUCAGCCAUGUUUGGACUUUUUGGAAAAGGAGUGUUUCUUUAUGGUGCAGACAUCUCCAAUUCACUUGGCCUACAGUCUAAUGAAGCUGUACACUUGUCUGAUGGAUGAGAUAAUUGCGUUAGAAACCGACAGUGCACACACCAUGACCAGUGAGCAGAUAACCAUGUGGCUGCAGGGGCUGUUCCUUUUUGCCCUUGUUUGGUCUGUGGGAGGUACCAUCACUGGAGACAGUCGUAAGAAGUUUGACAUCUUCUUUCGCAAUAUGCUGUUGGGCAUUGAUGAUGAGCAUCCUCGUCCCAAAAGCAUCAAACUUAAAAAGCACAACAGCUUCCCGGAGAGAGGAACUGUCUAUGACUACUACUUCCACAAGGAUGGAUAUGGACAGUGGAACGCCUGGACUGAUGCAAUCACUAAAGAAGAGAAUAUCAUCCCAGCUGGAAUCAAAGUGUCAGACCUGAUCAUCCCUACAGUAGAGACGGCACGUCAGACAUUUUUCCUGCACACUUACCUGUCACAUGAAAUCCCCAUGCUGUUUGUGGGUCCCACGGGCACUGGCAAAUCUGCCAUCAACAAAAGCUUUCUAGUGAAGUUACCAAAGGAGAAGUACACACCCAACUGCAUAAACUUCUCAGCCAGGACCUCAGCUAACCAGACCCAGGACAUCAUCAUGGCAAAGCUGGACAGACGGCGGAAGGGAAUGUUUGGACCUCCCAUGGGAAAGAAGUCUAUAGUUUUUGUUGAUGACCUAAAUAUGCCAGCUAAGGAAAAGUAUGGUGCUCAGCCUCCCAUUGAGCUUUUGAGACAAUGGAUUGAUCACCACCACUGGUAUGACAAAAAGGACACCUCCAUUCUGCACAUAGUGGAUGUGCUGUUCAUGUCUGCAAUGGGGCCUCCUGGUGGUGGAAAGAGCGACAUUACAGGACGUUUUACUCGACACAUGAAUAUCAUCUCAAUUGAUUGCUUUGAUGAUGAAACGCUGAUGAAGAUAUUCUGUUCCAUUUCUGACUGGCACUUCAACAAGGGGUUUGAUGCAUCUUUCCUCAGACUUGGCAAGCUCAUGGUUCAGGCCACCAUGAACCUCUAUAAAGCCACUAUUGACAGCUUUCUCCCAACCCCAUCAAAGUCCCAUUACAUUUUCAACCUGCGAGACUUCUCCAGGGUCAUACGAGGUGUGCUUCUGGCACCACCCACACACAUGCAGGAUGGAGAUAAACUUAUCCGGUUGUGGGUUCAUGAAGUCUAUCGUGUGUUCUAUGACCGACUUAUUGACAAUGCAGACAAGGAGAUGUUUUUUGAAAUUGUCAAAGAGAAAACCUCUAACGUCUUUAAGAUAAAUUUGGACAAACUCCUAGACCAUCUAAGCACAGAUGGUACUGUGGUAGAUGAAGACAUCCGUAGUUUGUUUUUUGGUGACUAUGCCAAGCCUGAUUCAGACACUAGGGACUAUGAUGAAAUCACAGAUUUGCAAGCUUUGCAAGAAGUGAUGGAAUUAUAUCUUGAAGAGUACAACAGCAGCAGCAAGGCACCCAUGUCCCUUGUGAUGUUUAAGUUUGCUAUUGAGCACAUUUCCCGCAUUUGUCGUGUUCUGAAACAAGACAAUGGUCACCUUCUGCUUGUUGGUAUCGGUGGCUCUGGUCGCCAAAGCACGUCUAAACUGGCCACGUUCAUCAAUGAUUAUGUGCUGUUUCAGAUUGAGUUGACCAAAAACUACAGCAUGACGGACUGGCGCGAUGAUCUCAAACAGAUAAUGCUCAAAGCAGGCAUUGAAGGAAAGAGUCUUGUCUUUCUGUUCAAUGACAGCCAAAUUAAAGAUGAAGCCAUGCUAGAAGACGUCGAUAUGUUACUUAAUACUGGCGACGUGCCAAACAUUUUUGCAGCUGAUGAACGUGCAGAAAUUAUUGAUAAAGCACAGGGUAUUGCGCGGAUGGAAGGGAAAAAACUUGAUUCAACUCCAUUGUCAGUGUACAACUACUUCAUUGACCGAGUAAAGGCCAACCUUCACAUUGUGCUAGCCAUGAGUCCCAUUGGAGAUGCCUUUAGGAACCGUCUAAGGAUGUUUCCUUCUCUCAUCAACUGCUGCACUAUUGACUGGUUUCAUGGAUGGCCGAGUGAUGCUCUGGAAAUGGUAGCCCACAAGUUCCUUGAGGAUGUGGAAAUGGAAAGUGACAUCAGACAGAAGGUUGUAGAGAUGUGCAAGACCUUCCAGACAAGUGUCAGGGAGAUGUCUGAGGUUUAUUUCUCCAGAUUAAGAAGACACAACUAUGUCACUCCCACAUCCUAUCUUGAACUUAUUCUUACCUUCAAGAAAUUGCUGGGGAUUAAGAGGGAUGAGGUGAACAUUGCAAGAAACCGCUAUCUUGUUGGUCUUGAGAAGUUGGAAUUUGCUGCAUCUCAGGUUUCAGUGAUGCAGCAAGAGUUGACAGCUUUGCAGCCAGAGCUCAUUCAGACUUCAGCUGAGACGGACAAGAUGAUGAUCAAGAUAGAAAGUGAAACAGUAGAAGUUGAUGCUAAAAAAGAAAUUGUUUCUGCUGAUGAGAGAGUGGCUAAUGAAGCAGCAGCUGCAGCUCAAGCUAUCAAGGAUGAAUGUGAGGGAGAUCUAGCAGUGGCAAUGCCUGCACUGGAGGCUGCCCUUUCAGCCCUGGAUACUUUGAAACCUGCUGACAUUACAGUUGUAAAGUCCAUGUCGAAUCCACCAGGGCCAAUAAAACUGGUAAUGGAGUCCAUAUGUGUUAUGAUGGGCAUCAAACCUGAAAGAAAACCUGAUCCUAGUGGCUCAGGUAAGAUGAUUGAGGAUUACUGGGGUCCAUCUAAGAAGCUUCUUUCAGACCUAAAGUUUUUGGAUAACCUGAAAUCAUACGACAAGGACAAUAUCUCUCCUCUAUACAUCAAAAAAAUCAGAGAAAAAUUCAUUGAGCACUCUGACUUCCAGCCUUCUGUAAUCAAAAAUGUCUCCUCAGCUUGUGAGGGUCUCUGUAAAUGGGUACGAGCAAUGGAGGUCUAUGAGCGUGUAAUCAAAGUUGUAGCCCCCAAAAGGGAGAGGCUGAAGCUAGCUGAGAAUGAACUAGCUAUACAGAUGGACAUGCUGGCUGUGAAAAGGGCUGAACUGAAAAAAGUUGAGGAUCGAUUACAGAGCCUCAAUGAUGAUUUGGAUGCAAUGAUUCACAAAAAGAAAGAUUUGGAAGACAACAUUGAAUUGUGCUCUCAAAAGCUCAUUAGGGCAGAGAAACUGAUUGGAGGGCUGGGUGGGGAGAAGGAUCGGUGGACGGAGGCUGCAAGACAACUGGGUAUAAGAUACACCAGUCUAACAGGUGACAUUCUGCUCUCUUCUGGAACUGUUUCCUACCUUGGGGCUUUUACAGUGGAUUACCGCAAAGACUGUCAGGAACAAUGGCACAAACUGUGUCAAGAAAAGAAAAUCCCUUGCUCUGAAGAUUUUGCCCUCACCAGCACUUUAGGUAACCAGGUGGCUAUUAGGGCUUGGCAGAUUGCGGGACUGCCUGUGGACUCGUUCUCCACAGACAAUGGUAUUAUCGUGUUCAACUCUCGCCGCUGGCCCUUGAUGAUUGAUCCUCAGGGUCAGGCCAACAAGUGGGUCAAAAACAUGGAGAAGGCUAAUAAUCUUGCAGUCAUCAAGCAAUCAGAUGGAAACUAUGUGAGAAUCUUGGAGAACUGCAUCCAGUUUGGGAAGCCAGUCCUCAUGGAACACCUUGGAGAGGAGUUGGAUCCAGUUUUAGAAUCUGUGUUGCUGAAGCAGACCUUCAGACAACAAGGGGUGGAGUACAUGAAAAUUGGAGAAAAUGUUGUGGAAUAUUCCAAAGAAUUUUUGUUCUACAUGACCACUGGGCUGAGAAACCCUCAUUAUCUUCCAGAGGUAGCUGUAAAAGUCUGCCUGCUGAACUUCAUGAUCACUCCACAGGGUUUACAAGACCAGCUUUUAGGACUUGUGGCAGCAAAGGAGAAACCAGAGCUGGAGGAAAAAAAGAACCAGCUUAUUUUAGAGAGUGCUGCUAACAACAAACAGCUAAAAGAAAUUGAAGAUCAGAUCUUGGAAGUCCUCUCCUCUUCCAAGGGCAACAUUCUGGAAGAUGAGACAGCCAUCAAGAUUCUCUCGUCCUCCAAAAUACUUUCUGAGGAGAUUUCUGAGAAGCAAAAAGUCGCCAGCAUCACUGAGAAAGAAAUUGACAACACCCGCAUGGGCUACCGUCCUGUAGCUGAGCACUCUUCCAUUCUGUUUUUCUGCAUUUCAGAAAUGGCCAACAUCGAACCCAUGUACCAAUACUCUCUGAUAUGGUUCAUUAAUCUGUACCAGUAUUCCAUAUCCAAGAGUACAAAAAGUGAUGUUGUAUCUGAAAGGAUAAACAAUAUUAUUGAGCACUUCACCCUCUGCAUCUACAACAACGUGUGCCGCUCACUUUUUGAAAAAGACAAGUUGCUUUUCUCCCUGCUGCUUACAGUAGGCAUCCUGCAAGGCAAGGGCCAGGUUAAUGAUGAAGUGUGGCGUUUCCUCCUAACCGGUGGUGUUGCCUUGGAUAACCCUUAUCCCAACCCUGCCUCUGAGUGGCUGUCCGACAAAUCUUGGUCAGAGAUCGUCAGGGCCUCCAAGCUUCCAAACCUAGAUGAGUUUUUCAUUCAUGUCAGAGAAAGCAUCUCCAAAUGGAAGGAUCUUUAUGAUUCAGCAAAACCCCAUGAUGAACAGCUGCCUGACCACUGGGAUAGCUUAAUGGGACUAGAACGAAUGGUUGUAAUCAGGUGCUUCAGACCAGAUAAACUGGUUCCGGCUGUGCAGGAUUUCAUAGAGCUGAAUAUGGGGCAAGCCUACAUCGAACCACCCACCUUUGACUUGGCGGGGAGUUACAAUGACUCAAACUGCUGCUCUCCUCUCAUUUUUGUGUUGUCACCUGGAUCAGAUCCCACUGCAGUACUGUUGAAGUUUGCCGAUGACCUGGAUAUGGGAGGUAGCAAGCUCCAGACCAUUUCUCUUGGACAAGGACAAGGUCCCAUUGCAGCUAAAAUGAUUGACAAAGCCAUAGCGGACGGCACUUGGGUGGUACUGCAAAACUGCCAUCUGGCCACCAGUUGGAUGCCCUCUUUGGAGAGGAUUUGUGAAGAAACCAUCAUUCCAGAUAACACACACCCAAGCUUUAGGCUGUGGCUAACCAGCUAUCCAUCAGACAAGUUCCCAGUUAGUAUCUUGCAAAAUGGAUUGAAGAUGACUAAUGAGCCUCCUAAAGGAAUUAGAGCCAACUUGCUGCGCUCCUACCUUAGUGACCCCAUCUCGGACCCAGAUUUCUUUUACAGCUCCAAAAAACAGGCCAUUUGGCAGAAGCUCUUGUUCGGUCUCACUUUUUUCCAUGCUCUGGUUCAGGAGAGGAGAAACUUCGGCCCCCUUGGAUGGAAUAUUCCCUAUGAGUUUAACGAGUCAGAUCUGCGAAUCAGCGUCAGGCAGAUCCAGAUGUUCUUGGAUGAAUACGUGGAUGUUCCGCUGGAGGCGCUCACAUAUCUCACAGGUGAGUGUAACUAUGGAGGCAGAGUGACCGAUGACAAAGACAGACGUCUGCUGCUGUCCCUCCUGUCCACCUUCUACAGUUGGGAACUGCUUGAGCAGGACUGCUACUAUCUGAGUGAAGGGGAUGAGUAUUUUGUCCCACUUCAUGGACCCUAUCAGACAUAUGUAAACUACAUCCGUAGUCUGCCAAUUUGUACCGAUCCAAGCGUGUUUGGACUUCAUAGCAAUGCAGACAUUACUAAAGACAAUCAAGAAACGAAUCAGCUCCUGGAUGGAAUACUGCUGACCUUGCCUAGGCAGUCUGGCGGAGGGGGCAAGUCACCACAGGAAGUAGUCGAGGAACUUUCAGAGGAUAUUUUGACAAAACUACCACAAGACUUUGACAUCCAAUUGGUGAUGGAAUUAUAUCCAGUUGUUUAUGAAGAGUCGAUGAACACUGUGUUGAGGCAAGAGAUUAUCCGCUUUAACAGACUCACGGAAGUGGUGCGUGAAAGUUUGAUAAACAUUUGCAAAGCUCUCAAGGGCCAAAUUGUUAUGUCCUCUGAGCUUGAGGAUGUCUUUAACAGCAUGCUGGUUGGCAAAGUACCAGGAAUGUGGGCAGCCAAGUCAUAUCCCUCCCUUAAACCACUAGGGAGUUAUGUGGCUGAUCUACUGAGCAGACUACAGUUCCUCCAAGACUGGAUAAAUGAGGGCCCACCUACGGUUUUUUGGAUCUCUGGUUUUUAUUUUACCCAGUCGUUUCUAACUGGAGUGUCUCAGAACUUUGCCAGGAAGUACACCAUCCCAAUCGACUAUAUUGGUUUUGAAUUUGAGGUGACCAAGGAGGAGACCCAUAUGGAAGAAAAGCCCGAAGACGGCGCAUACAUUAAGGGUCUCUUCAUGGAAGGAGCGCGCUGGGACAGGGAGAACAUGGUUAUUGGGGAGUCUCUACCUAAGAUUCUCUUUGACUGUUUGCCCAUCAUCAAGCUCAAACCAGGAGAAAUGGACAAAUUUCUCCACGAAAAGAUCUACGUCUGCCCUGUUUACAAAACUAGCGCCCGUCGAGGUACGCUGUCGACCACUGGGCACUCCACCAACUAUGUCCUGUCCAUCGAGCUGCCCUCUGACAAGCCACAGAAACACUGGAUUAACCGUGGGGUGGCGUGUCUCUGCCAGCUUGACGACUAACAAUCAGCCAGUUUUUAAACAGCUGCUGAUCUUGUCAGCUGUUAUACAAGACAAUGAAAUACAUGUUUUUGCAAUUCAAGAAAUAUUCUAGUUUUUUAUUAUUAUUAUUAUUAUUAUUAUUAUUAUUUAUUUAUUUUUUUUAAGCCAAAAAAACAAGUUUUUGCUUUAAAAUACAUUAAUCACUGUGCCAGAAUAAGAUAGAAAGGAUAUUUGCCAUGCUUGAGAGAUUUUGCUCUUUGUUGUCUUUGCCACUGUAGCUGAGAGUAUUUAGUAGAAUUCUGUUCGAACAAAGGCUGCAUUCUGUAAUUUAUGCAGAAUUAUCUUUCUUUUCAACAUUUUUUAAUACUUAUUAUCAGGUUCACUUAACACUGAUGGUACAUGUGUUCCUGGAUUUUGGAUCAGUCAUAUUUCAGACUUUUCUACCUCGGUUUUACAUACCUCUAGAACAUUUACAAUCUCUAACUGUAGAAGUUCAGAGUGCCAUAAUUCAAUAUGUAGAUGUAAAAUAAAUAGGUAAAUGAUUACUUAAAUGUGUGAUCAAUUAAAUAUUUAUUAUUGUAAACAAAUAUUUAUUCUAUUACAAAUACUACUGGCUAAAUAUGCCAUUAAUAAGGUGGCAGACAGGUGCAAACGUGCAGAAAAUAUCAAACUGUGCUGCAAACACAUGAAUGAUGCAAACUCCAAAACACCCAAACAAAUCCAUCAGAAAAACACUGCAAACCAAUAACACCGCAGUCACAGAAAACAGCAAAAGCCUGCCAAUAACAAACAUGCAAACAAAAAUGUUGCAAAUACAGUAAAUAGAAGCAAGAGGAAAAUUGACAAAACUAUACAGUGGCUGACAGGUGCAAAUGCUCGGCAAACAGCGAAACAAGCUGCGAACGCCAAAACACGCAAACAAAAAAACAGAAAAACGCUGCAACUAAAAAUUGCUGAUAACACAGACAAAACUGCUACAACCACAAGAAAUACGAGCAACGGGGAAGUUUACUACGUGCGAGUAGGAUUGGAGUUUUUUCUGGCUGUUGGCUGCAUAAAGUAACACUGUGAUGCCUCUACCAUUCUUGAUGCUGCAAACUGCCAGUCAGGUGGCUCUAAGAAGGCUAUUACACUUUUGCUUAGCUUACAAGAAACAGAAAAUUGGCUAGUAUUGAGCAUUUAACAGGUGAGAGGCCAGACACAUCCUGGACAGGCUGCCAGUCCAUCGCACGGCGGUUUAAAAUUAAAUUUUUGAUAACAAAGUAACUCUGAAAUCAUUAUACUUGGACAAUGUAUUUAUCUGCUGUAGCAGACAAAUGUGUGACCUGAGUUUUACCAUCAUGUCAACACUUAAAAAAACGGAUCCUAUUAUCUGUCUUUAUCCAGGUCUGACAUUAGAUGGCAGCAAAGGCAAAUCAUUGAGCCUCAACAGUGUUAAAUACUAGUUUUUAGACAUAGGGGCAUACAACUGAUCAAAUAGUAUUUUGAACUUUUUAAUUCAGCUGGUUUUGCCAUGAAUUCAUAAAUUUAUUGUUUAAUUUAGAAUUUGAAUAAUGUCCCAAUUGCUAAACAUUGUAAUUAAAAGCUAACAAAAACACCUCUGAAUGUUUUUCAUGUAUCGCCAAACCAAAUUUAGAUAUAUCUUUCUCAAAACUGGGAUGCUUGAUAUUUAAUGUAUAAUCUAAACUCUCUUAGCUUAAAUUAGCUGAAAACAGAGGUGAUUGUGUUUGUGUUUGGGGGUUGUGACCUCCACAAUUUUGGUCCUUCAGAUUCCUAUAUUUUUGAUUCUUCCUUCUGACGAACACAUCAAUGCUCACAUCAAAGUUACUGUCUUCCAUAUCAAACCACUUGCAAAAGUGAAGCCAUACCUUUGUUUUAGACACUUUGUUAAGAGCUUUCAACAGCUCUUACAAAGGGCAUUAUUUUAUUACUUUGUCUAAAAGCUUUGCAUAAUUUAACAUCUUGUACCUCUCCGAGUGUGCACAGCCCCUGUCUAGAUCACUGAGAUUUACAGAGAGAUCGCUCCUGGCUGUUCCAAGGUCAAAUUUAAAGCACCAGGGAGACCAAGCUGCUUUUCCAUGUCACGACCUCUCCAACAUCAGAUGCUUUAAAAUCUUGCUUGAAAAUCCACGUUUGCUUUCCAUCUUUUGAAUCACAAUGAGUUUGACUCAGUUUUAUUUGCGUUACUUCUUACUCAACUUAAACUCAAUCUAUGUAAGAUUCUGGGUUUUUUAAAAAAUCAUCUCCCUUAUAUUUGUUUAUUUUAUUCUUCAGGAGCGCUGCCCUUUGGUUAAUUAAAUAUGCUUUAGAAGAGAACUUGAAUUGACUAAAAUAAAACUUGGAAUCAUGGUUUUGAACUCAGGAUCAGGUUACCCAGAGGCCAUGUAUGACUAUUUAUACAUCCACUUUUAGUUGACUUUUUCAAAAACAUAUUCAACUCUUUUGGGAUUGAAGAAGCCACCAAAUGAAUGCUUUUAUUUUCUUUAUGCAUGAUCAAACUCACUAAAUCAGUGGAAGAUCAAACACUUACUUCCUCCUAUGUAACAUCUAGAGUUAGCAGAUGCUCCUUCAUCCGCCUAAAUCUGUAGAUGUAUAUAUUUAUACAUCAGUUGUAUAAAUAUUACUGAUGAAGUCUGCAGUCCGACUGGAGCCCAGAGAAUCUUACUUUGUUCAGUUUUCAUUACAUAUGUUCCUUCAGUUUUAUAGUUUUAUCCCUGAGCAGUAAAAGCCUAGAGUCUAACCUAUUACAGUUAUUUUAUUAUGUAAAUGUGAACCUGAUGAUGAAAUGAGGAGAGAAUGUCCUCUCUUUAAAUUAAGAUUCAGUAUUUCAAAAUUCCGUAAUGGCACUGAAAAACAACGUCUCGUAGGUGAUGGUGAGCCUAAUUUGUGCAAGUGUUGCAAUUGUCAAAAUAAGAGAUUUUGUUUCUCCUGCAGAGCCCCACAGUCUGGCAGAGUCAAAAUUAGGGCAUUAACAUUCUGUCUGUUUGUGUUCAUACCGUGCAAAUUAGAAAGUUCAGCGGAAAGAUUUCAAGAAAAAAGCUAUCUCACUUAUUUUAGAUGACAAUUUAUUAAUAAUGAUGUCCAAACAGUGGACGACAUUACAAUUUUGAAGUCAAAUCAGUGGUGUAGGUUUACAGUGUGGUCAAAGAGCUAUAGGAGCUUAUUCUCAUUGUCAGCAAAAAAAAAAAAAACAGGCAAACGGUGCUGCCAGCCAGUGGGUGAAGAUGUAUUCUCUGCAAAGGUCAUUUCUCAUUCUUUUUAUUUCCUUAUUUUCUGUUUGGGAAUUAUAAUACACAGACCAGCUUAGUCUCCAGGUCCUAUGGAUGGAUGAAUAAGAUUUUCUUCCAAUGGAACACAUGCAUGCUCCAGUGCAAACCUUAGUUUCUAAACUUAAAACAGCAUUUUCAUUAUUAUUAAUUAUUAUUAUUAUUAUUAUUAUGGUGAGUAGAGGUGAGGUGUGUUUAAAACUGGGUGCAAAGGGAAGUUCUCCCUAGGUGGCUAUCUAUGCAAGAACCAUUGUCUCUUUAUAUAAUAUCAAUUAGAUCUAUCUCUUUUUUUUAAUUAUGGCAAUAAAUGAACUUUUCCAUGACAUUCUACUUUUGUUUUUAGAUGCACACGUAGCUUUUUUAAAAUUAUUAUUAUUAUUAUUAUUUAUAGACCAAUAAAAACACAACUUGUACGAAUAAAACACGUAAGCAACUAUGAAGCAAGAUCAGGAUGGUCCCAGAUGAUGAGCUUUCUCUCACCCUCAGACAAAGGCGAAUUGGAAAAGUCAUCGACAUCAUCUUCAUGCUCCAGACAGCGUUGAGGGGGUUUUAACGCGCAGCUGGAGAGAGGGGCAGAUCAGCCCCCCGAGCUGCUUAAGUUCUCUUUACGCAGGCGCACACCCAGCUGUGACGGAGAUGUGAGGAAUGUUUGAUGGUGUCGGACUGGAAGGUGUGUCGCUUUUAGCUGUUGCUGUCGCCCCAGCUUUGGUCGCCUCCCCCCACCUUUCAGUUAGAAAGAAAGAAAGAGAGAGAGAGAGAGGGGGGGAGCGAGAGAAACAGACAGACAGGGGGGCAGAGAGAGAGAGAGAUAAGUUUCCUGUCCUCUUGGUGCUACACUGUCGCCGAUCGUUCACUUCACACGAUGGCACGCCUGCGUCUGUGUGCGAAGCCGCUGCUUAGGGAUCCCCGUUACCUCCUAUGAGAAGCGACAAGACAAAAAAAAAAAAGAAGAAGAAGAAAACAAUU